UAUAGCAGCAGAAACAACAUAAAACAACCAGAACUCCUCUUUUUGGUUGAUUGAUCAUAUUAUAGUUAUUCACACGUUAGUGUUCAAUGGGUGGUCUCAAAACCCAGUUGAUCUUCGUUGUUUCCUUGUUGGUGGCCUUGUCCAUUGUGAGCCCAAGUUUAAGCCAGCUCCCCAGUGAGUAUUCCAUCGUGGGUUCUGACCCUGAUGAAGUAAUCUCAGAGGAGGGGCUUGCUUUGCUCUUUGAGAGAUGGAUGGAGAAACAUAGAAAGGUGUACAACAACUUAGAGGAUAAACAACGGAGAUUCAAGAUAUUUCAAAGCAACUUGGCCCAUGUAAUUGAUUGGAACUCCAAGAGAAAUCCAUCUGAUCAUACUGCGGGGCUCAAUCAAUUCUCAGACUUGAGUUUUGAGGAGUUCAGUCGGAAUUAUCUUUCUAAGAUGGAUCCUCGUCAAGAGAACAUGUUCGAGGCAAGUGCAAAGAGAUUGAACUCAACAUGCACACAUCCUUUGUCCUGGGAUUGGAGGUACAAGGGAGCUGUAACCACCGUUAAAAAUCAGGGAAGCUGUGGGAGCUGUUGGGCAUUCUCUACAACAGGAGCCAUAGAGGGAAUAAACGCCAUAGUCACUAAAAACCUUCUAAGCCUCUCAGAACAAGAACUCGUGGACUGCGAUUCAUACGAUUCCGCUUGUAAUGGAGGUAUGCCAUAUAGGGCAUUCCAGUGGGUCAUUAAUCAUGGGGGUAUAGCUACUCAAUCCCAGUAUCCUUAUACUGGUAGAGAAGGAGUCUGCAACACCAACGCGCCUAAAACAGCAACGAUCAAUAGCUAUCAAUGGGUGGAUAUAGAUGAGGAGUCUAUCCUUUGUCAAGUCUACCAACAACCAGUUAGUGUAGCCAUUUUGGCUUUACAAGAUUUUCAAUCAUACAAGAGUGGAAUAUACAGAGGAGUAAGUUGCCCAACAAAUGAUCCAGGAAACAUAAAUCAUGCAGUUUUGCUAGUUGGGUAUGGAACAGCAGCAGAUGGCACAGAUUUCUGGAUAGUGAAAAACUCAUGGGGAACUUCUUGGGGGAUGUCUGGAUAUAUAUUGAUAGAAAGAAACCAUAUAUUGCCAUAUGGAGUAUGUAACAUCAACUACUGGGCUUGCUAUCCCACCAAAGUGUGAAGAUUGGCGUUAUCUCACAGAAACAUAUGGAGACUCCAGGAGCGUGGCUGGUUAUAAACUUAUAAUAAUAAACAAAUAGAGAAUAAUGAAAAUAAAGCAUGUACGUACGGUGUGAAGUUGGAUAUUUGGCACUCUCAAUAGCCAUCUCGUACAUUUGUGUAAAAUAAAUAAAAAAGCAGUAAUGUUGAUUAGCAUGCAUUUCCAAAAUGCAAGCUUUGUACGGUGUUGGAGUAUCUAAAUGUUUGUAUUCUAUAGCUGCAUAUUAUAAUAUAAAUGUGACUUCUCAUUACCUUGUUAGGCAAGGAAGAA